UCUGAAUGCCAACUGAAAGUAUUACAUCUACAGGAAAUGAACAUUUAUUGAGGAAGCAAAGCCCAGGGAGCCUCAAAAAAGGUUACUAGAGACAGAAGAAUGUGGCUCAGAAGUCAGAUACUGCUCUUAUAUUGCAUUGCAAGUGAAGUUUGGACGGCACAGCAGCUUGACUCUAGAAGAAAUUUCUCUCGAGGACUUUACUCUGUUGAAGAUGGUGGUUCUGCAAAGUGGAACAGGCUAAAAAGGAGUAUUUAUCAGGGAAGGUCCUGCAGAGUACGAGGCUGCUGCACAGGAAGGAAUGAUGACUGCAGCUUUAACAUUGUCUCCAGAUCAGCCAUAUGUUACUGUGACCAGUUCUGUGCCUCAGAUUUUCCUGGCCCUGUAGAUUGUUGUGCUGACUACUGGGAUGUCUGUGUCCACCACGCUGAGCCCACCGGGUCAGAUGAGCCUUGGCCACCUCCAGCUUUGGGUUGUUAUAAAGAUGGCCGAUAUUACGGAGAAGGAACAAUAAUUAAAGACAACUGCAAUUCCUGCAAAUGCUUCCAAAAUCUCUGGAGGUGUUCAAAAGAAGUAUGCCUUGUUCGCCAGGACUUAAUCCAGCACAUCAAUUCUGGAGAUUAUGGAUGGAAAGCUGACAAUUACAGCCAGUUCUGGGGAAUGACAGUGGAAGAAGGUUUCAAAAAGCGCCUGGGCACCCUCCCUCCGUCUCAUUCCUUGCUGAGUAUGAGGGAAGCUCCAGGACACUCACUUCCAGAAGGAAAAUUUCCUGCAUUUUUUGUAGCCUCUUAUGCAUGGCCUGACUGGAUUCAUGAUCCUCUGGAUCAACGAAACUGUGGAGCAUCCUGGGCUUUUUCAACCGCAAGUGUAGCAGCAGAUAGAAUAGCAAUUCAUUCCCAGGGUCAGAUCACAGACAACCUUUCUGCUCAGAAUUUGAUCUCUUGUGAUACAAGUAAUCAACACGGAUGCAAUGGUGGAAGUAUUGAUGGUGCUUGGAGAUAUCUGAAAACACAUGGAGUUGUAUCGUAUGCAUGUUAUCCAUCGUUCUGGAACAACCAUCUGGGGCUGUCAGGUGAAAACCAUUGUUAUGUGUCAAGUGAAUAUGGAAAAAACUAUACAAAUGGUCCUUGUCCCAAUCCUUUUGAAAAAUCCAAUCGGUUAUACCGGAGUGCUUCUCACUACAGGGUCUCCUCAAAAGAAACCGAUAUAAUGAAAGAAAUCAUGGACAAAGGACCAGUGCAAGCUAUAAUGAAAGUGUAUGAAGAUUUUUUCCUUUACAAAGAGGGAAUCUACAGACACUCCCAGAAAGCAGGAUCUAAAUGGAAAACUCAUUCAGUCAAACUCCUUGGGUGGGGAGCGUUACCUGACAAAAAUGGACAGAAACAGAAGUUCUGGAUUGCUGCAAAUUCCUGGGGAAAAUCUUGGGGAGAAAAUGGUUAUUUUAAGAUUCUACGUGGACAAAACGAGUGUGAUAUUGAGAAGCUGAUUUUAGCUACUUUGGGAUAGCCACACUCUUCUGCUCUAAUUGUAUCUUGCCCUGCUUUGUGUAUCUAUUCUUUCCAUUGUUGCAUACUGUGUCUUUCCAGAUAAAUAAAAAUGUCUUCCCUAUAGGUUAUUUUUCCUUAUGCCUCAUUAGGGCUUUCUGACUCAAGUACCCCACAGCCAUCACAACACUCUCAGACAUCACCUGGUACACACAGUUCUUUGUACUAAUGGUUGGUUGUAUCCAGGGCUGCUGAAAACCUUGGGAUCUCACAGAACAGGGCAUUCCAUCCUCUGUCAUUCACAUCUCACCACUAUUUUUUAAUAUUACUAAUGGCUGAUUCAACAGUGCCUGAACUAAAGAGAGUUACAUUGCUAGUAUUCAUCUAUUUACAAUACAUACUCUGGCCACAAAUCAUUUUAGAAAUGUUCUGUGCUCAUCCACACAGAAUUGGGUCAGACAGUUCAUGGUCAUACUGGAUUAAAAAUUCCAAAGAAAUGUAAGCAGAGUUCUAAUGAUUUUCUGCCUUAGCUUGGAUAAGUUUUAUCUAUGUAUCACUAUAUCUUCCAGGAAAUUAAUUUUUUACU